AUGACCGCAUAUUUUCAACGUUCUUCUCUAAGGUUUGAUCUAUACACUGUUCUUCGAUAUUAUUGUGGUUUUGGUCGAAAUGAUGAUGAUUUUGUCGACCGUUUAUCUCGUUAUUAUUCCGUUCUUAUAUUUUCAGUUUUUAUCGUUAUUGUAUCUUCUGUACAAUUUGUCGGCAAACCAAUCUCAUGUUUCGCACCAGCGUCAUUCAGCGAUGCGCAUAUAAUUUACGCAGACUUUAUUUGUUGGAUAUCUGAUACAUAUUUUAUUUCGAUUGACGCGGAGAUUCCUGAACCGGAUGAUCUGCAAGCUCGACAAGGUUCGAACGCAAUUCGAUUCUAUCAAUAUGUUCCAUUUAUACUUAUGCUACAAACAUGUGGCUUCUUUUUGCCUGGAUUUUUUUGGCGUAGCGGUUCAUCUCGACUUGGUAUUCCAUUACAAAAACAUUUAGAUCAAUUAAAUAUGAGUCGUCGUUCAAUCGCAGAACCUCCGAUGUAUCGUCGACAACUAAUACGAAAUGUAGCAUCGCGUCUUGAUCAAUAUUUUCGUAUGCGCCAUCGUGCAAUAAUACCAAAAUUAACAUUUCUCUAUCUAUUGACAAAACUUAUUUAUAUAACGAAUAUUUUUAUUCAACUAAUAAGUUUACAUUAUUUAAUGAAUUUUGAAUUAAAAUUUAAUUCUUUAUUUCAUCAUUUCAUUAUUUAUAAUAAUACAAUACGUCAUGUAUCAUUACAGUUUCCUACGAAUGUUUUAUGUGAUUUUAUUGUUCGUUUUCUUGGUAAAAAUAAGCAUCCACAUACAGUUCAGUGUGUUUUACCAAUUAAUGUAUUCAAUGAAAAAAUUUUUAUCUUUGCCUAUUUAUGGUUAAUCUUUCUUUUAAUAUGUGCUCUAUAUAAUCUAUUGAUUCAAUGGUUAUUAUUUAUUUUAUUUCAUCGUACCGUUGUUGAUACACGUGUUCGACGUUUUCGUUCGAUUUCAUCAAAAUAUCGUACGGAUGAUAACUAUGAAGAAAAUAAACCGAUGUAUAAAUUUGAUCGUCAACCCAUUACAAAAAAUUUUAGUCAACGUUAUUUAUGUUGUGAUGGAAUUUUUAUUAUGAGAUUAUUUGAUAUGAAUAUUGAUCUUGUUACAAUGAAUGAUUUAAUGGAUGAUUUAUGGGAAUUAUAUAAAAUUAAUCCUAUAUAG